AUGGCCCCUACUUUGACUGCUACUGCUGUAAACGGCCGAGCUAGACGAGUGCGAGCUGCCGCCGCUCUUGCCGGUGUAGAGCUCAACUGGGAUUCCAAGUUCGACAUGAAAGCCAACUGGAAGACUCCAGAGUUCUUGGCCAAGAACCCAUUCGGUUUCCUUCCCAUCCUCGAACUUGAGGAUGGUACCGUUCUUAGAGAGUCUGGUGCUAUCGCCGAAUACCUCGCCGAACUCGGUGCCAACUCCACUCUCCUCCCUUCCGACCCUAAACAAAAAGUCGAAGUUCACGAAUGGCAAUGUACCGCUGAUCAAGAGCUCUUAAUCCCUGGAUCUCUUGCCAACCGACAACUCAAGGGUGACCUUCCUUACAACAAGCCCAACUUCGACGGUAUCGUCAAGAAGAUCAACGAGCGACUUUCCGUCGUUGAUAAUAUCCUUGCUUCCAAAACUUGGUUAGUCGGCGAACGAAUCACCCUUGCCGAUGUCUUUGUCGUUUCUGCUCUUUCUCAACUCUUCGCUACUGUCAUCGAUGGUGAAGCUCGAGCUAAGAUCCCCAACGUUAUCCGAUACUUUGAGACCUUCGUCAACCACCCUCAACUUCUUGAGAUCUUCAACCCUACCGUCAUGAUCGAGAAGGUUACCCCACCCGCUGCUCCCGCCAAGGAACAAAAGCCAAAAGCUGAAAAGGCCCCAAAGGAACCUAAGGCUCCUAAAGCCCCUAAGGCCAAGGAAGUUGACGAGGAAGAGGAAGAACCUUUAGUACCUGCUGAACCCAAGGUUAAGAACCCUCUCGAUGACUUGCCCAAAUCUGCUUUCAACUUGGAAGAGUGGAAGAGACAAUACUCCAACUUGGAUACUCGAGGUGCUGGUGGUUCCCUCGAAUGGUUCUACGAGAAAUUCGACAGAGAGGGAUUCUCCAUCUGGAGAGUAGACUUCAAAUACAACGAAGAACUCACUCAGGUGUUCAUGUCUUCCAACCAAGUUGGUGGAUUCUUCAACAGACUUGAAGCUUCCCGAAAAUACUUGUUCGGUUCAGUUGGUGUAUUAGGUAAAGCCAAUGACUCCAUCAUCUCUGGUGCUGUCAUUAUCAGAGGUCAAGAGAUCGAACCUGUCAUCAACGUUGCUCCUGAUUGGGAAUCAUACUCAUACAAGAAGCUUGACGUUGACGGUAACGCCGAUGACAAGAAGUUCUUCGAAGGUGCCAUGGCUUGGGACCUCGUCGUUGACGGUAAAGAAUGGGCUGACGGUAAGAACUUCAAGUAA